AGGAGAUAUCGGUAUUUUGUAUUGGUGUUUGCAAGACAGUGGAUCACUCUGAAACUAAGAAGUAAGAGUUUUUGAAUUAAGAUAUAAUAAAUUUACAAGUGCUUGAAAAUGAGAAUAUCAAAAGCUUUAGAUACAUUAUUUGUAAUUGUUUUUACAACACAUUGUCUUGCACAAUUUGCAAGAUGCAUUGCAUUAUCAAAUGACAAUGAAGAUGAAAAAGUUGACAGAACUCGUAGAGAUAUUAGUGAUUUUGAUGAAAUUAAAUCAGAAGACGAAAAGAGACAAAGAGAAUUUAUUGGGAAACGCUCCGCAGAUGAUCAGCCUUUAGACAUUGAGGAAAUGCUUCCGGAAUCCGACGGGUAUAUUUACAGUGACGUUGAUAAACGUUUGAGAGAGUUCAUUGGAAAACGUUCAACUCCAGACUUUGAGACUGAAAAACGUAUGCGGGACUUCCUUGGAAAGCGAGAUUUAGAUCUCGACGAAAUGGAAAAGCGUCAGAGAGAAUUUGUCGGAAAACGGUCAAAGUAUUAUGACGACGACGACGAGUUCGAUACUUACGACAAAAGAAUGCGAGAAUUUAUUGGUAAGAGAAGCUAUAAUGACUAUUCCUAUUUGGCAAAACGGUUACGAGAAUUCGUCGGCAAACGUUUAACACCUGAAGGAUAUUAUAGAAGAUUACGACAACCAAGAUACCAAAGAGAAUUAAUCGGAAAACGAUCAUCUUCGUCGCUUAAUGACAAUUUCAAUGAAGACAAACGAAUGCGUGAAUUUAUCGGCAAGCGAAUGAGAGAAUUUGUAGGAAAACGUAUGCGUGACUUUUUGGGUUAAAAAACUAUAAAAGAAACUGUAGGAAGUUGAAUACAGGAUUGUUAAACUAGUACUGCAGCAGCUAAGUGGUUUUCUAUGGUAAACAAUAAUAAAUAUGCCAUUUCUGAAAUUGCUAUUUUUGUUCUUUGGUCUGCUGACGAUAUGUACUGUUAUUGUAUAUUUACCGUUUAGUUUUGCUAAAAGAGCAGCUCAUUCAAAAUGUAUAUAGUUUAUCAUAUUAUCAUAUUUAUGUAUAAAAAGGCAGAACAAAGCCGUCGCAUAAACUUUAUUUUAUUCUA